CAGGCAGUGUUUAAAAUGAAACACCGUAACCAAUAUAUGACAGGAAUAAACAGAUCAAAAAGCCGUUAAAACUUACAAAUUAAGCAGAAUUGACACGACUAUUUAGAUUCAAAAGGUAGAUACAGUAGAAAACAAGUAUAUUUCUUGUUUUGAGAACCUAAAUUAAUUCCUGAAGCUUGGAAAUAGCAAUGAAAUUUUAGUUUAACAAUGGCAGAGGAGGAGGUUAAUGAAAUUGGUGAUGGUAUGCAUAUACUGAAUCUGAGCUAUAUCAAUUUCAAAAAUGACUCCCAUGAAUCAGCAUUAUUGAAAGAAAUGAAGAAACUUUUUGAUGAGGAUCUUCUUAAAGAUGUCACUCUGUGCGUUGGGAAUCUGGAGUUUGGGUGCCAUAAAAAUGUUCUUGCUGCAACAAGUCCUUAUUUUAAACUUAUGUUUACCUUAGAGAUGGCUGAGAGUAAAAAAGACAGGAUUGAGCUGUUUGAGAUUGAUUCAAGAUCAUUGAAAGAAAUCAUUGAAUAUGCUUAUACAGGGAAAGUUCGGAUCACAAGGAGAAAUGCUCAAAAUUUGCUAAGUGCUGCGACGUUAUUUCAGAUACUUCCUGUACAAAGAGCUUGUGCAAAGUUUAUGGAAACUCAGCUCGAUAUUAAUAAUUGUAUUGGUAUUAACUUCAUAGCAGAAAUUCACAACUGUACUGCACUGAAGAUUAAAGCUAGGGAGUUUAUCGAAAAGAAUUUUGUUGAAGUUUGUGGAAACGAGGAGUUCUUGUCAUUAACAUUUAACAAAUUGGCAGAAAUUGUUAUGUCGGAUGAGCUCAAUGUUGAAAAAGAAGAAAUAGUUUUAGAUGCUGUUAUUUCAUGGGUUGAACAUGACUUUGAAUCAAGAAAGGUGCAUUUUUGUGAUAUAUUACAGAUGAUAAGAAUUGGACUAUUGAGCAAGCGAUAUGUGAAGGAAAUUCUGGCCAAGCACAAGCUUGUGAAAGAGUGUAAGAAAUGUAAAGAGUAUAUUAAAGAUCUAAAAGAUUAUGAAACCAACCCAGGAACAUAUGUUGGAGAAAAUGAGUUCAGUUUGAGUCUGAGAUCGGGUAUGUACCACCCCGAGGGUUGUUUGCUCAUCAUUGGAGGGGUUGAGUUGACGUCGGUGCGACCCUGUAUUAACUGUUUUAACCCCGUCUCUCAGGAGUGUUUCUAUAUUGAGGAAUUUCCAGAACCACGGAAACAGGAUACAUAUGAUUGUGAAGAUGUUGCUUGUGUUGUCACUGGAGACAAUCUCAUUUUUGCAGGGGGUGGAAACUAUAUUUACCAUCACUUGUUUGAGGACUCGGAAGAUGACUCAUUCGAAGAGCUAGAAUAUAAGGAAUAUAUUGUACAAAAAGAUUUCUACCAGUAUGAUAUGGACCACAAUGAGUGGAUUGCUAAAUCACCAAUGUUGUUUCCGAAAUCAAACUUCACACUAGCCAGCUUGAAUGGAAAGGUAUAUUGCUUCGGAGGGUUGACGGAAAACAAGCAUCCCACUGAAAUAAUUGAAGUAUAUGAUAUAGAGAGGAAUAGAUGGAAUUAUCAGGGCAUGUUACCUACGACCCUCGUUGAUUUGGCCUCUGUGGUGUUUAAUGAGAAUAUAUACCUACUUGGAGGGCGUACAGGAGUAGGUGCUCACAACAGCCUUAUAAGAUACAACCCUGAGACAGAAGAGUGGACGUCUCUUGCUGGAAUGUUGACACCAAGAUUCAACUUUGGGGCUUGUAUCCAUGAUGGAGAGAUCUUCGCGGCUGGCGGACAGAUCUACUCACAUGCGUCUUACACCAUCAAUAGAGAAGUGUUGCGAACCGUUGAAGUCUAUAACAUAGAGGCAAACCAAUGGCGAUUAGGACCUGAACUUCCCGUCGACAUGUUUAAUGUUGGCCUGUGCGUGAUUAACGGUGCAAUGUAUGCUUGCGGUACGCCAGAAUACGAGGAAGAUUUAACCUCUCAGAGGUCAUAUAAUGCCGUGUGUAGACUAGAUCUAGGUACAAACACGUGGGAGAUGAUAGAAGAGAGCCUUUGUAGCGUUAGAAACUUCCGGUGUGUUAUGGCAAAAAUGCACACCAGAAAACUUCAGAAAGUCUUCUCAUCUUCAUGUGUGUGAUUUGUUUUCAUUUUUAGAACCUGCCAAUGUCUUUUGGACCAAACCGACCUUUUUAAGACCAAAAAACUUCAGUAUACCAGAUCUUGCCUGAUUGAUAAUUACGUGUUCACAGUUCUUAUUAAAAUAGCAAUUUUCAUGUAUCUAUUGAAAUAUAAGAAGUUUAUGGUAAAGAAUAAAUUCAUUUACUUCUUAACAAAAAGAGUAUUUAUAACAUUGUUAAUUAGAACUAAAAACUAAAAAGUACAUGUAACAUACUAGUAUCAAACUUUGAAAACCUAAAACAAUUUUGAAUUGUUUUCUUUACAUAUCAAACAAAAAAGAUUAUUUGUAUUAUUUAUAUUGGAAAUACUUAUUUAUAUUUAUAGCAAUAUAUGAGACAAGAUGUUUUUGCUUGGUCAAUAUUGUGACUAAGUGUUGUUGCUUUAUGUGAUACAACAUUGUUUUUUGUUUUUUUACAAGAUGUGGCAAAUGUUAUAAUAUAAUAUAAAUUUUACUACACAUUGUGCUCAAAGAUUGUUUUUUGGUGUUAAGAAUAGCAAAUAUUUAUCAAGUUUUGCAUUUGUACUGGGACAGAAAGCUACACUACACAUAUUUGUUUUUUCCAAAUAGUAUUUAAAAUAUUUAUUGACUUGGUUGAUUUGUGCCAUUUUAAUGGAUACAAAGUAUCCUUAGUCCUAGGUUAGAUAUUUUAUAGAUAAUUAAUAUUUUAUUAAUAUAUAAUGUUGCCUUGGAAACACUGUAUUUAAUAAAGGUAAAAAAAUAUGCAAAACUUUUUUCCUUAACAAACCCUUAAUUGUCUAGUCAAUUUAUGCUUUUCUAAGGAAAAUUUUCAAUUCAAUAAAAAAAAGAAUAAUCAUAUUUUUCCUUAACAAAAAAAAAGAACACACCUUACCUACUGGUACUUACAGUAUCUUUGUCUUAGUGGUAGUUAGAAACAGGAUUCAAGGUUAUAAAGAACCUUUCUAAGCUCCUACUCAGAUCCCAGGUAUUUGAUUAGUCAGAAACCAUCACAAAAUGUAUAUUUAAUUCAGGACAGAACUCCAAAAAAUAAUUUAUAACCUUUUGGACAGGCUUUAUUUUAUUGUGGCCCAAGAUCUAUUUCAGCUUAUAACAGUCAAUAAGAGUUUUUUCUAUGUUUUUAUCCUCAUUCAUAAAGAUUUUGAUGCAUAAGAUAGAUUCUACAACAGAAUAUAUAUAGAUAUCAUGGUCAGUGUGAUCAAGUUUAACAAAACAUAUAUUACAUUAGAUGUUUUUUUGUUGUAACAUAUCAUGAGAAAUUAUACAUUAAAAUGGUAUAUAUUUUUUGUAAUAUGUAUUGAACGAAAAAAUAGGCAUAUUUUACAUGUUUAAUUUCUUCUGCACAUGUAACCAAAUAUUAUAAUAUUUGUUGCCUUUUAACCUUAACCUGCUGAAUGUCUGAAAUGCUUUUGACUACCUUCAAAUUGUUUAACUGUCCCGUGUCAGUUUUUGGGUAGAAGUGUGUGUGACCUGGUGGUCAAGGUUGUUGACUUUAAACCACUUGUUUCUCACAGCUAUAGGUUGAAGCAAUGCAAGCCUCUUUGGAAUCUUUCAUGUGAGAAAACUAUCCAGCUAGUUUAUGAAACAUCAGUGGUUCUACUCAGAUGCCUGUUUGUGCCUGAAAUAAUGCACAGAGUGGCAUAGGUCUCCCUCAACCAGUAAACCUGGAAAGUCGCUAUAUGACAUAUACUGUGUUGGUGUAACGUAAAACCCAACCAAAAGAAAUCAAUUUUGGGUAUACCAACAUGAAAAUUGAAAGUUGGUUAGCAGUAUACAGCCUGGUCAGAUUGCAUAACAUGCAGGUUGGUGGGGCUCUAUACGGAUUGUAAAAAAAAUCCUUUCAGUUCCAGCAGAGUAAGGGUUAAGAAUAGAUUGCAGUGCUUGUGCAUCCUAUUUUAUUUAUCUAUUUUUUUGCUAAAAGCUGUGAUAAACCAUAAAUACAAUCUUUGUUAUAUGUGACCAUUUAUUUAUUUAUUUGAAAGUGUUGUACCCAUAUAAAGUUUAGUCAAAUUUUAAAGUGUUGUUUGCAUCUAUGUUGUUCCAAGUUUGUUGCAUUUAAUAUACAUACAUUUUGUUGGAUAUUUUAUUUCAGUGGAAACCAUUUUUGAAAGCGUGUAGUCUAUUUCACAGUACUAGUAAUUAUUGAUUUAAAUAUUCCAAUAUGAUAAGCUGUAUACAUGUGUUUUUCUCUCUUAUGUCAGAAAACUGAAAUUCAAUCAGAUUUGGCAGAAGUGGUAUGCAAAGAGACAUCUGAGCAUUAUACUAAAGUACAUGUAAUUAUCAGGCUCAAAUAAUUGUAAUCUAUUAGUGAAUUACUGUCCUCCUGUACUUUAUUUGCUCCUUGAUAGUUAAAAACCUAUGUAAAAUGAUAUUUGUAUUAUAUAAGAUUUUAUAACAAAGGACAUUGUAUCUGUGUGUAACAUACACAUUUAAGAUGCAGUUCGAAGUUUGAAAACCAAUAUUCACUUGAAGGCACAUUAUGCCUCAGAAAUCCAAAUGUUUUAAUUUGAUUUAGAGUGUGUUACAUGUUUAAAUACUGAAGGAAGUAGCACUGAAUGUGCAGUAAUGUGUUGUAAAUGUAGCAAAAUGUAAACAAAGUAGCAUUUCAGCUUCCAUACAAAAUACUUAUUUACUAUAAUUAUAUUAAUUGCUGAAAGAGCAAAAGCAGCAAAAGAUAGUUUAUGAAAAUUGAGUAUAAUUUUGUAAACUGUAAAAAAAAUUCCAGAAAUAAAGUUUUUGAGGAAAAAAAAUGAUAGCAUUUCUGAUGCAUAAUGGGCCUUUAACAUCAGAUGAUCUGUAUGUACAGUUUUAAUGUUUAGUGGAUUUAUUGUCCUGCUCUGACAGUACUGGUUAACUCUGUAAUUAUGGCUUCUGACAUCCAGAUUUAUACUAGAAACUUUAAUAUUGUAGUGUAAUAAAUUUCCAUGUAGAAAUACUUAUAGCUAACUGUUAAAUAUUCAUUUAUAUGAAGUAAUGUCCAAAUAAAAGAAAUUGUGCAUGUGUAUUUAAUAUUUACAUAAGUACAAGAUCAGGGUACCUAAUUAGAUAUGCUAAAAUAAAUAUGUAUAACAACUUAUAUAUUGAGUGUGAACCACUAUUUUGGUGGAAAACAGCUAUUGUAGUACAGCCGAUAUAGAAGAUAGCUAAAGUAGCAAAUGUAGUAUUUUAUCGUCGCAAGUUUUCUUCAUAAUGUUGAAUGAAAUAAAUAUAUAUUGAAGUAUU